AUGUUCAUUGCUAAAGUCCAGUAUGACACUGCUGAGGAGAUUCAGGACCUUCACAGCAGCCUUGUCACGACAUUUCAGUCUGGAAAGACAAAGGAUCUAGCUUGGCGAAAAUGGCAGCUCAAACAACUAUGGUGGAUGCUCGAAGACAACGAGCAAGAAUUUAUGGCUGCCAUGAAAGAAGAUCUAAACCGGUCAAAUAUUGAGUCAAUGAUCACCGACUUUGCUGGAGCCCGAAAGGACAUUUUGUACCACCUUGAGCAUGUCGAUAAGUGGGCAGCGGACGAGCGCUUGGGAGACACUUUUUUAGCAAAACAGCUACGUUUAGCACGAAUACGGAAAGAGCCCCUGGGUGUUGUCCUUAUCAUCGGUGCUUGGAAUUUCCCGUUAUUACUCGUUCUUCAGCCGCUCAUCGCAGCAAUAACGGCUGGKUGCUGCGCAAUUAUCAAGCCUUCGGAGCUUAUUCCAAGCAGCCAAGCUCUACUCAAGCGACUUAUUCCAAAAUAUCUCGAUCAAAGCGCCAUUGGUGUUGUCUGUGGUGGUGUAGCGGAAACAACUUCGUUGCUCGAGCUCCAGUUCAAUCAUAUCUUCUUCACAGGAUCCGCAACUGUUGGUCGCAUUGUGAGUGCUGCGGCUGCGAAGCAUCUGACUCCAGUGACAUUAGAGCUGGGUGGACAAUGCCCGGCUAUCAUUUGCAAAUCAGCAGACAUUGAUCGGGCUGCAAAGUGUGUAGCAUUUUCCAAAUUUCUCAAUGCUGGUCAAAUAUGUCUAUCAGUUAAUCAUGUGUUUGUUGAUCCGUCCGUGUAUGACAAGUUCACAGAGCGUCUCCAAUAUUGGAUUCAAACUUUCUUGAACGGCCAAUCGACUAUUGACACUGCAAUCGUGAACCAGAGUCAUUUUCACCGUUUGUCAUCUCUCAUUCGCAAUACUGGAGGCAGCAUUUUGUGUGGUGGUAGCGGAGACCUUGAAACACGCAGAAUGGAGCCAACUGUGGUAUUUGGUCUCGAUAUGAAUGAUGUCCUGCUGAAAGAUGAGAUCUUUGGACCAAUCUGCCCAGUCAUAAAAGCCGAUUUCCGUAGUGCCUAUACCGCAACUAAACAAAAGGGCCACCCCUUGGCUAUGUAUAUUUUCAGCAAAGAUAGACGAGAAAUCCACGAGAUUCUCGAUAACACGAACAGUGGCGGUGUUACUGUCAAUGACGUGAUUCUACACGCUGGGUUCUCUGGUGCACCUUUCGGGGGUGUUGGAUCCAGUGGCUUUGGAUACUAUCACGGUCGCUACGGAUUUAACAGUUUCACCCAUUUACGGACGGUUAUGAACUCUCCAAGUUGGCUGGAACGGGCUUUGACAUUCCGCUAUCCUCCAUUCACUGCAACGAAAACUCCAAAGAGCCUAAAGCUCAAAGCAAACUUUAAACGUGGAGAGAGUAUUCAAGACCAACGGCGGACAUUAUCAAGUAUCACAAGAAAAGGUCUCCACGUUGCAAUAGCUGUUGCUGUUUCUGGCACGCUAUACUAUUACCUCUACAAUUAG